AGUUGUCCUCCGGGAGAUCUCGUGAGACCUUUCAGUAGUAGACUGCAAGGCUAAGGUAAGCGAGGACACCGACCGCACCAUCAGCACGUCCUCCUUAAUUGUCGGUCCCUGCAGGACGACAACAAAUUGCCUCCAGCACCUUGACUGAAGCACUAGAACCUGUUCUGAAGUCAUGGGGAAUAUUUUCGGGAAUUUGCUGAAGAGCCUCAUAGGAAAGAAGGAGAUGAGGAUCUUGAUGGUGGGGCUGGACGCUGCUGGGAAAACGACAAUCCUUUACAAACUGAAACUGGGGGAAAUAGUCACCACCAUCCCUACAAUCGGAUUCAAUGUGGAGACGGUGGAGUACAAGAACAUCAGCUUCACUGUGUGGGACGUGGGCGGACAGGAUAAGAUCCGGCCCCUCUGGAGGCACUACUUCCAAAACACUCAGGGUCUGAUCUUUGUGGUGGACAGUAACGACAGGGAACGUGUGAACGAAGCUCGAGAGGAGCUGAUGAGGAUGCUGGCUGAGGAUGAGCUGAGAGAUGCAGUUCUCCUUGUGUUUGCAAAUAAGCAGGAUUUACCAAACGCCAUGAACGCCGCGGAGAUCACAGACAAGCUGGGCUUACACUCCCUCCGUCACCGCAACUGGUACAUCCAGGCCACAUGCGCUACCAGUGGCGACGGCCUCUAUGAGGGCCUUGACUGGCUGGCCAAUCAACUCAAGAACAAAAAGUAAGAGGGGGAGGGGCAAACCUGGAAAACACAGCCAGCAAGCCACCCGAUCCAGUGUUUUGUUUCCCCUGGGGAUAGAGGGUGAGGUUUUGGUGCAAGGAUUUUGAAUGGUAGGCGCAAAACAAGACCCUGGUUUUGAGGGAGACUUCAUUUUUGCUCCGUGCUCAGUGGUUAUUUAAAGAAAAAAAAAAAGGUUCAUAUCUAACCACAUACACUGAUUCACACUAAUCGUAAACAGUCACAGCAGACACUUGCUUUUGCUCCGUCCACCUCUCGUUCUUUGGUUCGGUGUGCUCCGUGUUAGUUUGUAGGUGCCGUGUCCAGUUUUCGUUUUCCGGCUGUGACUCAUUAAUCGUUGUCCUGUCCUGCAGGGUCACAGAGAUGUGUUACACAGCCACAUUUAUCUUUGCGGGUUCUGAUGGUUUGCUCUCCUUUCCGUUUUGUUAGCGUUGCUGAACACUUAGUCUUUGUGUCGAGAUGCGGAGGGAUUUUUCAUCACAAACAGCUAAAGAAACAAUUGUACUUGGCUUCAAACAUAAUCCCAUUAACUCAGGUCAACCUCUCUGUCCCUUCUGACAAAAAGCUUCCCCACAGCAUGAUGCUGCCACCACCAUGUUUCUUGGAGGGAAUGGCAGCACCCUCCACAUGCUAAACAAACAAAAUUUUACUGCCGUAUUUCGGGAAUAUUAUGGUACUGAACUCUAUUGAUCGCCAAUCAACUUUAACCAGCUUCCCAAAGUCCCUGCUGAAGAAAAGCCUCCCCACAGCAUGAUGCUGCCACCACCAUGUUUCAUGUUUUCCCAUUUCAAUUAGUCUUCUUUGGGAUGCCACUUAUUUAAGGAACUGUGGUUUACAUCACUGAACUGCACAGAGUAACUGCGUUUCAUCAUAUUUUCAAAGUUACUGAUAUUUAUUGAUACUCGAAACAAACAGUGGAGAAAAUUGUGGAAAUGAUAAUACUGUCAGCUUUGAGGGGUUUUAAAAAACAUUGAUUGAAAUUUAUCGAGAGAACGAAAUAUCUAAAUUUGUAUUACAAGAUAUUUGUUUUUAUCAUAAAUGAUUUGAUAAAUGUCCACCUAUAGUCCCCUAUAUGGAAAACAUUAAAACAGGAGAUGGUUUUCUUUCUUUGAGACUUUCUUCUUGCCUCUCUUUUAUAAAGAUCACAUCAUGUGGAGUUAGAAACUGCAGCAGCCCUGUGUCAGUUUCACUUUCUGUUUUCGUUGUUGCGUUGUCUGCGGAUUCAAACCAUCACAGCUGGCUCUGAUGGUUUCCUUGCAGGCAGGAGAGAAAUAAUAGCUCAUGAACAUUUCUCCCAUCAUGCUAAGGACACGUCCUCUUACUGCCACAUUAUGGAAAUCGUUUGAGAGCCAUGCUGUGUUAGUAGUUGUGGCAACCUGAAGCACUGAAACUGGACAUUUUAAAUAUUUAAACUUGUGCUACACGCUCUCAAUUACCUGACAUGGAUGCAGCCUUAUCAGCAGCCCUUCUUCAUUCAGAAAUCUGUACAUGAGGAGGCUGCUUGUCGGUUUUCUCUAACCUGUUCUUAUUGUCGCCACAGAAAUUGACUGAAGCUCUGCGAUCAGCAUGAGGUGCCAGCAUAUGCUUAUGUGUUGCUGAAGCUUACCUUCAGUUGUUACAAAAGUGCUUUAUAUAUCAAAAAUUACUUAAAAUAAACCUGACUUUGCAAUUUGGCACCUUGAAAUUGGGCCACUGUCUCUUUAAGAGGCUUUUCCAACACUCUAAUUUGUUGUCAUCCCAACAAAGCUCCUCCAUCUUGCUGCUUAAAACCAUUCUUAGGAGCGUUGGACUGAAAAGUAGGUCAUGUGGUGAACUCAGCAGACACGCUGUCCCACCAGGUGUUUGCUAAUUGUUGCUGCCGCUAGUCUGCAGGAGCUGAGUGGGGGAGUUGUGGAGGAGGGCUGCUGUGUGAGGUGGGACCUUGGCUCCAAGGGCAAGAUUUAUGGGAAAGAUGACACUUUGUGAGAACCAGUGUUUUACACAGCUGAAUGGUUGCUGCAGGAGAUUAAAGGAUUUCUCAAACAUGCAUGAAAGAAUCAAAACAACUCUCCAGGUAUGCUUUUGAUGAGGGAAUGACAUUACAAUAUGACAUAAAGUUUAAAAAAUGGCCUACUACCGCCCCUUUAAAGUGAGACACAGCUGCUUGUCCUCCUUCUAAUGCGUCUAAAUCAGCUCUCAAAUAGCACCAGCUUGUGUUUUUUUUGUUUUUGUUUCCCCUGUUGAUUCUGUCACUUAUAGCUCAACUACUGAAUGUGAAUAUUGUGAAGGUAUCUUCACCUGGCUGGAAUUAUAGAUAGUUAAUGUUCUGUUUGCAUAUUUAUUGAAAAGAGAGACGAUACGUCUCCACCUUCGUCUCUGACUGAUGAUGUCACGGCUGAAACCAGCAGAAUCCACAGAUUUUUAAUGUCUUGCAAAAGUAUUCACCUCCUCUGCAUUCUGCCACAUUGCAACAAGUGAACUUUAAUGUUUGUGGCUGGAUUUUUAGGUGAUCAACACACAAGGAAUUGCAUAAGCGUGAAGUGGUUUAAAUUAUUGCCUUGUUCUCCAGUCCAUUAUUUCAUCAGCUUUGACAAGUUGGCUUGUGUUUUAUGGAAAAAACAUUAUUGCCCAUGUUUCAAAGAUGGAGUUGUUGUGUGCAGUAUUAGUUGUCUGACACAUUCAGUGUUUUGCUUGUUAAGUUUUAAGCUCAUCUGACAGGAUCAGACUUUUAUUGUGAAGACAAAUUUCCUUCCAAUUUGCUGUUGUGCAUCACUUUGCGUUGGUCUGUCUCACCAUUUCCUGACAAAAUGUGUUGAAGUUUGUGAUUGUCAAAAUGAGCAAAUACCAAAAGUUAAAGUUCAAAGCCGUACGAAUACUUUUGCAAGGUGCUAAAUGUCAAUAAAAUGUUUUCCCUGUGCCAUACUCGGUCACAUCCCAUCAGCAGUGUCACCUACUGAACAUCCCCUGGCAUCUUAUCAGUACUUUUCUCAUAUCUAACGUGUUUUACGGUAGUGGAUCAAUUCAUUUUGGGGGUUCAUGUGGCCUUAUAGUUAAAUUUUUAAUUUGACUUGCACUUAUUUAUCUAUUUAAAGAAAAACAACCUGCUGUUUAUUAAUCAGCGCCCUCAAAAGCCAGAUUUUGCACUGCACUUCACAUUGAUAAGGCAAACAUUUCCUCACGAGGCGUUCUCUUUGUUUUGCUGUUUUACUGGAUUCAUGUUCAGUGGUUGGACUUCUUCUUUGGUUUUCAAAUAAACUUUCACGUAGACGGUGUCUGUAAAACAAUGGUAAUUAGUGUGGAAAAGAAUAUCUCCCUUCAUUUAUUCUUUACCAUUAUAGUUGCACAAGUAGAUUAAAAAAAAUAGUUCCAGUGCUGAAUGCAUGGAUACAUCUGUAUGUGAUGUAAGACAAGAUCCUGCUGUAUUAAAAAAAACGAAAUAAACUCAUUUAUUGUACAA